UUGGUUUCUCAAACAGGGUAUGAAAAGGCUUUUUGCAGGCUUCUUUCCUUCAGUUUUAGCUUCUUCAGUUUCACGGGUUUAUAUUUCUUCUUAGCUAAACAAAGGUAUUUUAGAAACAGAGAGGAGAGGCUAAGUCCUAGUCUUCAUCUAGCCUCUGCUGCGGAAGCUGGAGCUUUGGUUUCUAUAUGCACGAAUCCUAUUUGGCUUAUUAGAACAAGAUUGGAGCUUCAAAAUCCUCUUCAUCAAAGUCGACCUUAUUCCGGUGUUUAUGAUGCUUUAAGAACCAUUCUAAGAGAGGAAGGAUGGACUGCACUAUAUACAAGACUUGGUCCUGGCCUAUUGAUGCAAGUCUCCCAUGGAGUCAUUCAGUUCACUGCAUAUGAAGAACUUCGUAGAAUAAUAAUGGUUGAUUAUGAAGAAAGAAAGAAGAAACCCAAAGGUGCUAGUAAUUUGUUGGUAUGCAUCCUUAUAAUUGGUUUUGAAGUCUUUGUAUAACCUCAUUUUCUCUCCGUUGGCUGGUCAUGGUGCCUUAUGAGGUGUGCGGAAUAUUUUUUUUUUUCAAGUUAUUCGAACUCGAUCACAGCAACAACCUAGUAAUGAAGGAAUUCCAAGAUACACGAAUAGUUAGCAUGUUGUGAAGGAAACUGCACGGUUCGAGGGUUUUCACGGAUUUUACAAAGGCAUCAACCCGAACCUUCUGAGACAUGUGCCUGCUUCUUCAAUAACAUUAAUUGUUUACGAGAAUGUACUAAAAUUCUUAAAAUCGACGAAAAGUAAUGAUUGGAAAAAGAAAUUUGAUGCUGUCCUGAGUUUUCUUUACGUUCUUCCAUUGUUCACCAUAUAAAAGAUAUCGAGAACUAGAAAUUUUACAUUGAAUGGUUAAAUAGCUACACUCAUCUGAUAAUCUUUGAGCUAACAUAUACUUGUCUUACA